CCAAACAAUCCAGAAAUCCCGAACACUUCGGUCUUCAAGACGCAUGGCGUUGGCUCGGUGUAGAUAUACUCCUCCUUCCCCCAAAAUAAGAGGCAGCCGAAAGUCAAUCCUGGAGUACAGCCCCUCCUCCGAAUGCCCAGAUCCAGCCAGUGCCCUCCCACCCACUAUGACGUCAACGGCCGGAACCUGGAAUAGCGGCGGCGGGGAAGCCCGGCUGGGCCGCAGCCCGAGCUGUCUCCUACUUCGCCUCUUUUUUUUUUUCUCUCCUCCAUCUCCUCUUUCCCGUCGCGCAGCCAUGAGUGAUACCAGCUCGGUCAGCCGGCUGAGCUGGAACGGCAACAGAGAUGACAGCUUCUUGGAUUAUAACCUCCUUACUUCAAUGACUGUGAGCUUCCUUCAAGAGCUGCCCAGUUACCGGUCCAUUGUUCGAAGGAGAACCUCCAUUCUUUCAAGGGAUAAAUCAGGAGGCACUUUGCUGAAACCAGCCAGCUCUGAAAUCAGGAGCUAUUUGGAAACAGGAAAAUCAGAGAGGGAACACCUUGGGAGCCAGUCCAUCAGAAAAUAUGCACUGAAUAUCUCUGAGAAGAGGAGACUAAGGGAAAUUCAGGAGGCCCAGGUCAAGUAUUUAUCUGAUUGGGAUCAGUGGAAACAGUACAGCACCAAGUCAUGGAAAAGAUUUAUUGAAGAAGCCAAGGAACUGGCUUCCCACUUGGAACUGUGGAAAAAUGACAUUCGCAGCAUAGAAGCAAAAUUUGGCACAGGAAUUCAGUCUUAUUUCUCCUUCCUUCGCUUCCUGGUGAUAUUGAACUCAGUGAUAUUUACUAUCAUUUUUUUGUUUAUUUUGCUCCCGAUCAUCCUUACCAAGUACAAGAUUACUGAAAGCACUUUUUUGAUUCUCCCUUCUAAUGAAGUAGAUAUGCGAUGCAAAGUAUACCCAGUGAAUAGCACCGGACUCAUUUACUUCUAUACUUAUAUGAUAGAUUUGCUCUCAGGCACUGGUUUCUUGGAGUGGACCAGCCUAUUUUAUGGCCAUUACACCGUAGAUGGGAUAAAAUUCAAAAAUUUCACUUACGAUUUGCCCCUUGCCUAUUUGCUGACUACAGUGGUUUGUCUGGCAUUGAGUCUCCUCUGGAUAGUAAAAAGGUCUGUGGAAGGAUUCAAACAAAACUUGGUGCGAAGUGAAGAACAGUUUCAGAGCUACUGUAACAAAAUCUUUGCUGGCUGGGACUUUUGUAUCACAGACCAGUCAACUGCAAAGCUCAAGCACAGUAGUAUACAGUAUGAGCUUAAAACAGACUUGGAGGAAGAAAGAAUAAGGAAAAAAAUAGCAGAGAGGACUCCAGAGGAAACCUUACGGAUUUAUAGUCUCAGAAUGCUUUUGAAUGCUAUAGUUAUUACUGUCCUGGCAGCAUGUUUUUAUGCAAUCUAUGUAGCAACUGUAUUCUCCCAAGAACACAUGAAAAAGGAGAUUGACAAAAUGGUAUUUGGAGAGAAUCUUUUGAUCCUCUAUCUUCCCUCCAUUGUAAUUACACUGGCCAACUUUAUCACUCCUCUUAUCUUCUCCAAGAUCAUUCACUAUGAAGACUAUUCACCAGCUUUUGAGAUCAGAUUGACUCUCCUCAGGUGUGUCUUCAUGCGAUUGUCCACUAUUUGUGUGCUUGUGUUAACCUUGGGGUCCAAGAUAACUUUCUGUGACAACGAGGAGUGCCGAGUCUGUGGCUAUAACCACAAAAUCUAUCCAUGCUGGGAGAAUCAAUUUGGACAGGAAAUGUAUAAGCUAACAAUCUUUGACUUGAUCAUCAAUCUUGCCAUGACUGUAUUUGUUGAAUUUCCUAGAAAAUUAUUGGUGACCCACUGUUCUUCUUGGAAGGUGAUCAGGUACUGGGGGCAACAGGAAUUUGCCAUUCCUGAUAAUGUCCUGGGGAUCGUUUAUGCACAGACAAUCUGCUGGAUUGGAUCCUUUUUCUCUCCCCUUCUUCCCGCAAUUGCAACUGUGAAGUUCAUUAUCAUCUUUUACGUGAAAGAGAUAAGCCUGAUGCACACCUGUAGACCCUCCACAAGGCCUUUCAGAGCAUCAAAUUCUAAUUUUUUCUUCUUGUUGGUGCUGUUAAUCGGACUGACAUUGGCUUUCAUUCCACUGGGAAUCAGCAUGACACACAUUCCAUCUUCCAAGGCCUGUGGACCAUUCACAAAUUAUAACACAUCCUGGGAAGUUGUCCCUAAGACCAUAAGCACUUUUCCAAGUGCUUUGCAAACAUUCAUCAAUAGCAUCACUUCAGAAGCAUUUGCUGUGCCUUUCUUUAUUGUUAUCUGCCUCAUCAUGUUUUAUUUCAUUGCUCUGGCUGGAGCACACAAGCGAGUCGUGGUUCAACUCAGACAGCAGUUGGCUAUGGAAAGUCGAGACAAACGGUAUCUAAUUCGGAGACUUACAGAAGCUCAGGAAGAGAUGCGAAACCGACCAAGCUGAUUUUGAACACAAUUUCUGUGUCUUUCAAGCUGACUGAACUACUACACUGAACUUUCAAAACUCAUCUGUAGAAUUUUGUACAA